AUGAAAGGGCUGGACAAAGGGCGUGGCGUCCUGCACCUGCAUGAGAGCAGCGGGAUCCAUGACGUCGGCCUGCCCCAGUGGCAGCUCUUAGUCUGUCUGAUGGUCGUCGUCAUCAUCCUGUUUUUUAGCCUCUGGAAAGGAGUGAAGACAUCAGGAAAGCUUGUCCACUGCCACGUUGUGUGGAUCACGGCCACGCUGCCUUACCUCAUGCUGUUUGUGCUCCUGGUCCACGGCGUCACACUGCCCGGCGCCUCCAACGGCAUCAACGCCUACCUGCACAUCGACUUCUACCGCCUGAAAGAGGCCACGGUAUGGAUUGAUGCUGCAACUCAGAUUUUUUUUUCCUUGGGGGCUGGAUUUGGAGUCUUGAUUGCAUUUGCCAGUUACCACAAAUUUGACAACUGCUACAGGGAUGCCCUGCUCACCAGCACCAUCAACCGUGUCACCAGCUUCAUCUCGGGGUUCGCCAUCUUCUCCAUCCUCGGCUACAUGGCCCAUUGCCACUGAAGGUCCUUGGUGUUUCUUGCAGGAGCUGGCCUAGUCUUCAUCCUGUACCCAGAAGCCAUUUCCACCCUGUCGGGAUCCACAUUCUGGGCUAUUGUGUUCUUCAUCAUGCUCCUGGCUCUAGGAAUUGACAGCUCAAUGGGAGGCCUGGCCGACGACUUCCAGGUCCUGAAGCGACACAGGAAGCUCUUCACCUUUGGAGUUACCUUUGGAACUUUCCUUCUGGCCCUAUUUUGCAUAACCAAGGGUGGGAUAUACGUGCUGACCCUGCUGGACACAUUUGCCGCGGGGACCUCCAUUCUUUUUGCUGUGCUCAUGGAAGCCAUUGGAGUGUCCUGGUUUUAUGGUGUGGACAGGUUCAGCAAUGACAUCCAGCAGAUGAUGGGGUUCAAGCCGGGCCUGUACUGGAGACUGUGCUGGAAUUUUGUCAGCCCUGCCUUCCUCCUGUUUGUGGUGGUGGUCAGCGUCAUCAGCUUCAAGCCGCUCACCUACGAUGACUACAUCUUCCCACUGUGGGCCAACUGGGUGGGCUGGGGCAUCGCGCUCUCCUCCAUGGCCCUGGUGCCCACCUACACCGCCUACAAGUUCCUCAGCACGCGGGGCUCCAUUUGGGAGAGACUGGCCUAUGUCAUCACGCCAGAGAGUGAGCAUCUCCUGGUGGCCCAGAGGGAUGUCAGGCAGUUCCAGCUGCAGCACUGGUUGGCCCUCUGAACCUGACCCCCAGGAGGGACCCUGCUGUGCCGAUGUCCAGGUCAAGUCACCACCACCCUGGACGCUGUCCUGGGAUUCCUCUCCUGGAGGCGUUCUUUCUGACCCUUCUUCCUCUUGUCCCAGUUACAAAUGCUGUGCUCCGGUUUUCAUUCACCUUCCGUUCACCUGGCCUGGGGACUGUGAGCUUGGAUUGGUGAGCCUUGAGGGAGAAGAGGAGAGGAGGGAACAGGAAAAAUGACUCUGUUGAACUGCUUUUGCUUUGGGAGGUCUCACCCAACUUGGGAGCGGCCCAGGCUGAGCUCCACAGCGCGGGCAGAACUCCCCACCUCGUUUACUUGUACUUUAGGCCACAGAAGAAAUCCUCAGUCCAACAAAUCAGAUAGAGGAUAUUGCUUUUUUAUGUCAAACAUCGUAAAACUAAACACAAACAAAAGCCGGCUGAGUUGGAGGCUCGGGUGUGGAGGACAUAGAUCCUUCCUCUCUUGUCCACUCCAGGCAGCACACAGGGAUCUGAACUGUGCCCUGUCAGGGGGUUUGGGUUUAUUUGUCCCUGUCAUGAAGGCCAAGGGCAGAUGCUCUUGGGGAUGGUGAACAGAAACCUUCAGAGUUAAUUUUCACUCCAGCCAAUGGAGUCUGAUUUGCGUGUGUGCUGGAGUGUGGCUGCUGGUGGUCAGGUGAUAGGUCAUGGAUGUGGAGGUCAUGGGGUAGGAUGGCGAUGAGCUGCAGUGAGCGGUGUCUGCAGAAGUGCAGACAGGCUCACGGAGGCCACAUGCAGGGCAUGUUCUGUUAGGCACACAGGGCCCAGAAACCCAGCUGUGGGUCCUGAGGCCUCUCUGGGUGGUUGGGGACAGAAGCUCAGCGAGGCCAGA